UGCUAUUACAUUUCCUGCAGAAACUGAGGCCAAAAGCAGAACACAGAGAAGAGAAACAGUGGUGGAGACAUGGAGCUCGGUGUAAAUCCUUUUCCAUUAACAUUCGCAGUUCACUUUCUGGGUAUUGCUGCUAUUGCCAUGGUCUUGGUUUGGACCAUUCACUAUCUUGGUGGCUUAGCUUGGAACUCUUACGACAAGAGCCUCCUCUUCAAUUUCCAUCCUGUUCUUAUGCUAAUUGGCUUAAUUGUUAUUGGAGGCGAAGCAAUCAUAAGUUACAAAUCACUUCCGCUAGAGAAAGAGGUGAAGAAACUGAUACACCUCGUCCUUCACGCCAUUGCAUUGAUCCUCGGAAUAGUGGGAACUUAUGCUGUCUUCUUGUUUCAUAACGAGAAAGACAUAGCUAAUCUCUACAGCUUCCAUUCCUGGAUUGGAAUUGCAGCCAUUGUCCUCUAUGGCGUUCAGUGGAUAUAUGGGUUUGUGAUAUUCAUGUACCCUGGAGGGGAUCCAGGUCUGAGGAGAGUGUCAGUUCCAUGGCACAUAGUGUUUGGGCUGACGGUGUACGUGAUGGCUGUUGCGGCGGCUCUUCUGGGAUUUCUGGAGAAGCUGACAUUUCUGGAGAAGAGUGGAUUGGCCAAAUUUGGAGCUGAGGCUUACCUCGUCAACUUUACUUGUGUUGUUACCGUCUUGUUUGCUGCUCUCGUUGUCUUCUGUGCUGUCACCAAGCCCCCUGCUCCUUCUUACCAUGACUAUGCUCCUAUUUAAUAGUUUCAUCAUUCAUCUGCUGGUACCACCAACAGAUCUGAAGCUUGGAAAAGAUCAUAGCUAGGAAUUCAAUGGACAAUUUUAGAGGAAAUUAAAUAUAUAGAAGCUUUCUUUUUUUUUUUUUGUUCUUUUAAUGUUAGUUUAAAUACAUGACUUUUCAAUAUUGGGUAUAUGUGAGAUUUCAAAUGCCCUUUUGUUUCGGUUAUUGGUGUUUGAAGCCGACACCAAAGUUUGAUGGGUGGUCUAGUUUAUUUUUAUAUGAGUAUUCACUUUCUAUUGAUAUAUAUCGUAAAAUAUUCAGGGAACUUUAGCUGGAUCAACCACUAUUUUUGACAAGGACGUUAAUAAAUUGUUGGUGAGAACAUUGACAUUUGAUGAGGCAAGUUUGGUGUA